UUACUCUGGUAUGACUCAUGCCUACAUAUAUAGCUACCAACCAGGCACAAGGAAAGGGUCCAGAAUUGCCCACAUCAAAUGCUGAAUGGUAAACUGUUCUAGACCAGCCAAUGUACAAGGAGAAUGCCUGUCCAAUUCCCUCAUAUUUUAUUCCCACGUCACUAGAUUGUUUAUGCUUCCUCUCCCCUCACACACCAGUGGUUCAGUACAUAUCAAUGUUUUAGUAUGCUUCAUAUAAUUGUUCCCCAAUAUCCCUAGGUCUCUUCUUCCUUCCCCUUUCCUACUCCUGCCUGCACGAUUCUGAUCCAGUCCAGGCGGUGUAGAUCGAGAGAGAGAAUUGAAAGAGGGAGUGAGAGCUAGCUAGUAUAUUUAGUGGAAGAAGGAAAGAUGAUAACUAGGGAGGAGGAGAGGAUUAUUGGAGAUGUGGAGGACAAGCAGGUGCUAGCUAAGAUCACCAUGGAUGACAGGAAGAGAUCCAUGAGCGGGAGCAUGCUGGACCUCAAUGAAGGCAUCCAUAUGGAGAGCGAUGAUGGAGAAGUCGGCGACGACAACGAUGAAGAGGAGGAGGAUGGAGGUAGCACCACCGAUGUUGCCGGGAGCCGGAGCUCCAGCAACAACAGCAGCACCAACCAUGCUUUGGAGACCCAACAGGGUACCGGGGGUGGCGAGCAUAGGGUGCGGCAGUACAACCGAUCGAAGCUGCCUCGGCUCCGGUGGACGCCCGAUCUUCACAUGGCCUUCAUACGCGCCGUCGAGAGGCUUGGUGGACAAGAGAGAGCGACCCCUAAGCUAGUGCUUCAGAUGAUGAAUGUUAGGGGGCUCAGUAUUGCUCAUGUGAAAAGCCAUCUGCAGAUGUACCGAAGCAAGAAGCUAGACCACCAUGGUCAACGGAUCAGGGGAGCCAUUUCCUCAGGUUCUCAUCAAUCCCAAAAAUUUCGAUCUAAUUCACCUAAAACACUUGUGCUGAUGAGAGGGUAUUCUUCUUCUACAUGUGGGCAUGUGGCGAGCGCAGUAUUUUCACCUAUGGAUUUCCACUCAAUGAGAGGCGAUCGACGCUUUCAUGACAUGCUCCUCCAAAGAGCUGCCGCCCUCUCCUCGACGGCGGAGCGCGGAGGCUUCUUUGUGUCGCGGAAUGGCGGCGGCGGAGGAGGGAACACCAAUAGCCGCCUCUAUGGGAUUCUCCAACACCACCACCUGCCAUCUCCGAUGCAAUCUGGCUUCAAGAACGGAAGUUUCAGGAAUCAAGAGUGGGCGUUCGACCACCGUAACAUGAUGGCCAGGAAUGAUGUGAAGGCCUCCUCGGCCACGCCGCACUUCUUCGCGUCCUCGUCCGUGAGGAGGUGGCCCUUAAUCUCCGCGGUUGCCGGAGCCGGCGAGCAAAUGCGAGAUGAGAGCUUUGGUUAUUUUACCGGCCACGGCUCUGGGCCGCUCUCGAGGGCCAUGGCACCGGCGACGUCGGUCGUGCCAGGAGGAGGUAGCCAUCGUCUCCCGUUUAGAUGGCACGGCGGCGAUGGCGGCAAGGGCGCUAAGGCCACAUCAUCAGAUCCCGUGAUGAUCGUCGAAGCCCUAGAUUCCCAGAAGCAGAAGCAUCUUGAACAGCAGAGGGCUCUGAUCACAGCAGCCGACAAGGCGCGGCUUCCGGCAGAGACGCCGGAGCUGGAGCUUAGUUUGUCGCCAGCCACGGCAAUCGACGCCACAGAUGGGACACCGAGCAAGAAGAGGAAGAAGAGCGCUGCUGCAUCGAGGGAGCAAGAGCUGGAACAUGCCAACAAGCUGUCGAUCUCGCUCUCGCUCAUGCCACCUGCAGCUUCCAUGCCCAUGCAGGGGCAGGAAAAGAUAAGAGGGGGCAGCGUGGAGGCCGCUCUGGGGCAGAGUACUUUGGAUCUGACCAUGUCGAUCAAGGCAUUGGAGUGAGAUCUUUCAACUACUUUGUGUCGAGGGUUGUCCAAAAAUUGCACACUGAUCCAUGCGAUCAGUUAAGAUGUUAAUUUAACCUUUGUCUCUCCCAGUACAUAUGGAGAUAUAUGUCAUGUUUGUUGGUAAAUUUGUCUAUGGAGUAUGGACAGCCUCUCGAUCGGUACCUGGCCACAUGAUCCCUGCCUUGUUCUCUUGUGUGACAAUAUUUUUGGGAGGCUAA